CGGUGUCAGUGAAGCGGUGCCACAGCCAGGCUGUGCAGUGUGCAUAUCGUAGUCUGCCGCCUGCCUCACUUGAAGAGGGGGCUCUGUUGUCAUUUGUAAGGGCUGAGUGUCGAGCUUUUGUCCAUCAGAAAUGGCCGGAAUUAAAGCUCUCAUCAGCCUUUCUUUUGGAGGGGCCAUUGGUCUCAUGUUUCUCAUGCUUGGAUGUGCGCUCCCUGUGUAUGAUAAAUACUGGCCUUUGUUCCUCCUGUUCUUCUACAUCCUUUCUCCAGUCCCAUACUGCAUCUCGCGAAGGGUUGUCGAUGACACAGAUUCAGCCAGUAAUGCUUGCAAAGAGCUGGCAAUCUUCCUCACAACAGGCAUUGUCAUUUCAGCCUUUGGCCUACCCAUUGUCUUUGCAAGGGCUGAAGUUAUUGCCUGGGGGGCGUGCGCACUUGUGUUAACUGGAAACAUAGUCAUCUUCGGGACCAUCUUGGGAUUCUUCAUGGUCUUUGGGUCCAAUGACGACUUCAGUUGGCAGCAGUGGUAAAUGGGAGAGACUGAAGGACCUUAGUUGAAACUGUUUUAUUAGCAUUAUUAUUAAUGUAUUAAUGUUGGGUUUACAUUGUUUAUUUAUAUGGUGACUGCCCAUUCAUAGACUCACACCAAAUCAGUGCAAUAUUUUUGUUCCGUCCUGCAUCGUACUGAAAUUGGAUGGGUAAUGUUGACUUUGAUUUGGACCUGUUCUCUUCAAUCUUAAAAAGUGUACAUUUUGACCCAAAAAAACCCCCCCAAAAAACCCUCUACAUUUUUUUAAACAGAGCACAUUGGAAUAGACUUGCGUGUAGGUCAGAUAUUGUUAGGCCAUUUGUUGCUUGGAAUUGUUGAAAUUCAUUUUUUGCUUGUUUAUUGUUUAUUUAUAUUUUUCUAUUUAUUUCACCAGUAUUUAUACUUGAGCUAUAGAUUUGAAUAUCUAUUAUUGCCACCACUCUUUAUUGAUAUGGUUCGUCUGUGGGUUCUUUAUAUUAUAUUGUUAGAAAUUUACCUGAUCUCCCUAGUCUUGUGGAGCAGCUUUGACACUCAGAUCUAAUUUACCUGACUCUGUGAAGUCCAAGCUGAUGCAGGCUGCUUCUUUUCUUGCAUGUGAUGGCACCUGGUGAGUUUGCUAACAGAUCGAGAGAGCAGAUCAGCUAGCACAGGAUUAGGUCAAAGACAGGAGCAGCCUUGGUAGCAACAAGUUAAGUCCCGGGCUACUUAUGCCCAGUCAUAAGCUUUCCCAUGUGGCACAUUAGGUCCAAACGCACACUUGCUGUUGUUAAUUGGCCUUGACUUCUAUCAUCUGUUACAGGCAUCAGAAUUGGCCUUGUCAGAUGCUCAUUCUCAUUUUAUUUUUAAACUUAAGCAGAGGAAAACCAAAAAAAGUAUCUGUUGAUGAUCUGGUUGUGGUUCUCAAAUAUUGCCUAAUUUCAAUUUUGGUUAUAUAGUAUGGAUUUUGUAAGCUUGGCUAAAACUUUGGAAAGUAGAAGUUGGCAAUAUAUUGGCAUUUUUGUAUACUGCACUAUCAAGUGCAGUAUGUUGCCUGUAAAAGAAAACAAAAAGCUGCCAACAAUAUGAUUACAUUCUUUAAGUUGCAACAGAAUCUUUCAAACACAAAUAGUGAUUUCUGCACUUUUGUGUUAAAUUUUACAGUCCAUUGACAUUUGUAGAAUUUGACCUCAAUCAGAACAUUUACAGGCACAUUUUUUGUAGAAUAAAAAAAAAAUCAAGAAUUUCAUGUUGCCAGUGCUCCAAAGCAGACAGAUGCACAAAACCCUUUCUUUUAAGUGUAAUCUAAUAUACUGAGUUAAAGAAUUUUCCCAUUACUGUCUCAAUACAACAAGUUCCCAGAUGUAAACAUAUUGUAACUUCUGACUAGGGCCAUAUUCAUACAGAUCUUCUCUCUUUAAAUGUCAAUCUUUUAGUAAUUCUUAUUGUUUUGUAGUUUUUGUUUCACAUUAGGGUUAAUUUUGAAUAGAAAAUGAUUACUGCUGUGGCCACAAACAACAUGCUUUUGAGCCAUUAUGGGCAUUAUAUUUUUAAUAUUGUAUGAAAAGAUGCAGGGUUUUCGACUUAGAAAGACUUAAUACAUGCUUGCUGUAAAGGUGCAAGUCUAUUCUUGUCAUUCCUAAAAGAAACGUUUCUUCAAGUUGACCACUGCAUAAAGGCACUGAAUGUAUGAGAGCAUUAUAAAGCGAUGUGUCCACACAUUUGCCACAGGGCUGCUGUUUAACUACUGGCUUGGUUUGUGCUUUGCUUUGGACUGUGGUUGUGUGCACAAUGCUGGUGGUGUACUCAGUGGUGGUAGCCUGUGAUUGGACAGGCGGCCUGCUUGUGUUCAUGAGGUGUGUGAACACUAGAAUCAAAUCCUUACAAGCUAAUUAAUGUUAUUUUGAUUUUCUGUAGUGAAGUCUCCAAAUGUGACAGAAUCUGGUGUCUUUGAAGAAUGGGUUUCCUGUUUUUUUCUUUCUUUUUUGUAGCUUUGUUUUCUCAGUUGAAGAAGGAUAAUAUUUACAUAUUUGACACAUUCUGUCAAUGUCCAAUGCCAUUUUCUACAAAUGUUAUGUUUUGAACCUUUUAUGACAGAUGUCAGCAUGGUGGUUUUCUUUUUUUAAUAAAUGCCAUUUUUAAACAUUC